UUUUGCGUUUACUAUAUUUUUUACAACUAGAAGCUAAAAAGUAAUUUUAUAUAUAUAUUAUUUUUUUUUGAUUAUCGAUACUAGUGACAUGUAUUACAUAUGUGCACACUUACUCAUAUAUAUCUCACUGAAGAAUCAGUUCUGUGUUUCCACGAUUGUAAAAUAAAUUAGUAUAAGGGAUUUUGACGAAUAUUUCUGCAAUUCUUAAACGAAUGUUAUAAAUUAAAAAAAUUGAGGAAUAUUACUUAAGACCAUUUGCUUUCUGUUUUCCUAGCUUUUAUUCUGUUGAAUUGUUCCUCCCGAUGAGUUUCUCGCCUGUAGAAGAUUUGCAUUCUACUCCAAAAGAAGUCAAUUCUGAAGGUAAAGAUGAUAUAGAGACAUCGAGUACAUCUAGUAUUUCUUCAAGUGCUAGUCUUUUGGUGGAUAUUAUGUGUGGCAGCAAAGACGCUGAAGACUCUGAAGCUGAAUCCGAUGAAUGGGACCGGCCUGUAAUAGAUGAUCACGAAGUAAUUAAGCAGCGUGAAGAGAUACUUAAGUCUCUUCGUAUUUUAGGAUACCCUGCUUUUUUGCAAAAACAUGUCGUUGAACAACAAAUACCUAUUCGGUUGAUUUUAAAGAAAUUGGGUAUAUCACUGCCUACUGCGUUGGAUGAAUUUGAAGAUUUAGAUCUCCUUCCCUUGUUAAAGGAGGUUUUAAGACGAGAAGCAUCACGUCGAUUGAAGCUACCACAGUACAAUACUAUUGAUGAUGUGAUUGAACAAUUACACAAAGCAAAGAAUAUCGUUGUUUUAGUAGGAGCAGGUAUCAGCACAAGCUUAGGGAUAUUGGAUUUCCGGUCGGAUAACGGAUUUUAUUCUAGACUUGCUCAGCACGGCUUGUCCGAGCCAUCUGAAAUGUUUGAUAUCCAUACGUUUAGAGAAGAACCGGGAAUCUUUUAUACUUUUGCCAAAGAAUUGCUACCUGAAACUCAACAUUAUUCGCCAUCGCAUGCUUUCAUUCGUUUACUAGAACAAAAAAACAAACUCUCCACCUUGUUUACACAAAAUAUAGACAAUCUGGAAAGAGAAACUGGGCUUACUGAUGAGAAAGUAAUUCAAUGUCACGGAUCUUUUGCUACUGCUACCUGUAUUCAAUGCAAGCAUAAGGUUGAGGGUUCUUUGUUGUAUGAUGAUAUUCGAAACCAAAAAAUUUCUUACUGUACCGAAUGCAACCAGAGACCCGUUAAGAAAAGGAAACUGACAAGUUCAAGUGAUCGUGCGUUUUCAGACAGCAAUGAAGAUGUAAAGGAGGAAGAGGAAGAAGCAGAUACUGCUCAGGCCGGAGUGAUGAAACCCGACAUCACAUUUUUCGGAGAAGCCUUACCUGAUCAAUUUUUUGAAAAAGUAGGAAGCGGUGACUUGGAAAAAACUGACCUCCUCAUUUGCAUCGGUACAUCAUUAAAGGUAGCACCGGUUUCUGAAUUAAUCAGCUUAGUCCCAGCAUCAACUCCCCAAUUAUACAUCUCAAGGACACCAGUUCGUCAUACUCAGUUUGAUGUAAAUUUCAUUAGUCCAUUCUGCGAUUGGGUAAUUGUAGAAUUAUGCAAACGAGCUGGAUGGUUGGAAGAUUUAGAGAAACUUUGCAAUGAGCCUAAGUGUCACACGGGAGCCAAGAACAGAGCAUGGAAUACAGCCCUGGAUAUACAAUUUGAAGAACCUUCCACCUAUUACAUCAAAAGUAAAGCUGAAACGGAAGCUUUACGCGAAGAAAGUGAAAAUGUACCAGGAGAUAUAGAGGACGUUAAAAAAUAUGAAGAUAGUAUAGAAUCUGAUACAACCAAAACUGUUUAAUAAAACGAAC